AUGGAGACCGACAAUGGCUCGACCUUCAACGCAAAGCCACCCCCACUAACUUCUGAUCAGCUUAAUUAUCUUAUAUGGAGAUAUCUUCAAGAGUCGGGAUAUGCUGAAGCGGCUGUUAAGCUUCAACGCGACUGGAAAGUUGACGCCGAAAGUCUGCCAUUUGCAAAGGCCAUCAAAGGCCAUGCGCUGGUUUCUCUUGUUCAAAAGGGCCUCCGGUACCACCACUUAUCGUUAACCAUUGACGAGAAUGGCCGACCUUCUAAACAACUCAACCCGUCCAUGUUUUUCUUUGGCCCUGAGAACGAAAAGCCUCCGCCAGAACUUCCAGAGGAACUUCUUCCACCAGCCCCGUCACCCGAUCCAUCCGCUACCGCUCGUCGAAAAGCAGUUCGUGAUGUUAUUCCCAACGGUGUGCCGGAGGUUCCCCCGCAGCCAGCACCCAAGCGGGGCCGAAAGACAGCGGCGAGCUCAGAGCGCAAUGGAAGUGCGGCGCGAAAACAAUCGUCGUCUGCCAACCAAGGGAUGGAUGUCGAUAUGAUGAACGGCCACCCGACCUCUUUAGCGGAUGCGAGGUCCCCUUCCGCAACUGAAGCGGGAAUCGAUGAAAAUGGUACCAUGGUCAAUGGCACCAGGAUGGAUGAGCGCAUGGAUGUAGAUGAAGAGUCCCUGACGGCAGAUCAACAACACCACGAGGUGCAUGUUGAAGUUGUGCCACCCCCCAUCCAUACCCUAACGACUGGCGCUAGUAUAGGCGUCCAGGUCGCACCAGCCAAGGCCGCGGAUCUCACACCAUCAACCAGCGUCCUUCAAAUCCCCUCUCCUGCAGGGGUCGAAGAAUCCAAAGCUCUAACACGGGUUUGCUGGCGCCCCGGAGACAACAAUAUCGUUACAGCCAUGGGAGAUAAUUUCUGUGGAGUGUGGAAUACGAGUGAACGUUCCUCAGAUUCCGAUUCCGUACCGAGUUUCCACGAACUUGUUGAGUCGACAGAGACAAAUCUGGUGAGUGCGGUAGCUUGGGAACCUAAUGGAGAAAUGCUUGCUGUGGCAACGUACACCAAUCACUCAGGCCAGAUACACCUGUUUGAUGGGCAAGAACUUACCCUGAUGGAGGCCUUGCCGGCGUCGCAAAGAGCCAUCACUUCCUUACAGUGGCAGGAUCGAGGCUUGCGUCUCCUCGGAAUUGCGCCGUACGACUCCGAAAAUUCAGAGUCUGACCAGGACGGAGGUUCGUCGAUUCUUCUCUGGGAUCUGUCAAAGUCGCCCAAUGUUACCGGGCCCAUGUCGAUGUUUGUGCCCGAGAUCCUGGUGGACAUGGAUUGCGCAUCAUUCGGGGGCAAUGCCAUUGUCUGCGUUUCAGGACAAAACGCUGUCUACCACUGUCGAGCCUUGUUGGAUCUUGGGAUUGAGCAAAAAUGGACAUCCAAUUCCGCCGAUAGCGAUCAGUGGACUUUUGUCCGAUGUGCCUGGCGCGGCACUACCGAUGCCAUCUUGUUGGCUGCUUCUGCCGACACUGGAUGUUUGUGGAUGCCUGCCCAGGGUAUAAUGAAACAGGAUGCGCAUGAGGCCCCUAUCACUGGCCUCGAACUCCGACCUCGGCUACGCAACGCGUUGAAUCCGUCACUGAAGUCAGAAUUCGCUUCGUCAUCAAUGGAUGGAACUAUCAGAGUCUGGCGAUAUGAUGAGGACAGCAAUUCCAUCAUUUCCAUCUGCAAGCUUAUCAUUGGCCAUACGUCGCCUGUCAUGACAUUGUCAUACUCUCCAGAUGGUUUCUGUCUUGCGGGGGCUAGUUAUGACACCAUCCGUAUUUGGAACGCUGAGCAUUCGCACAAUCACAUGGCAACGUGGAAGGGUGAACAAGAUUCGUGGAAUGGUUCACGACUUAAAGACGACGAUAUAAUGAGUGUGGGCGGUAUCUCCAGUAUGAACGGCGAUGCGCUUCAAGCGAGUGCCGAUCAUGCUUUGACAUGGGAUGCCGAAAGCAAAAAGCUGGCAUUCGGCCUUGGGUCCCAGGUUGCUGUUGUUGACUUCCAGCGUUGA